AGCUGGACCGGCGGCAGCAGCUGGGCGAGUGACAGCCCAGCUCCGCGCGCGGCCGCCGCCAGAGCCGGCGCGAAGGGGAAGCGCGGCCCCGCGGUCCCCGGGCGGCUGCAGCGGCCGCCCAGUCCCGCGUUCUCCGGGCCCGCACCCCGCGGUCCCGCUGCCCCGGGGCCGCCACCUCUCGGGGCUCCCCGGGUCCCGUGCGCGCAAGAUGGCUGACCCGGCUGCGGGGCCGCCGCCGAGCGAGGGCGAGGAGAGCACGGUGCGCUUCGCCCGCAAAGGCGCCCUCCGGCAGAAGAACGUGCACGAGGUGAAGAACCACAAAUUCACCGCCCGCUUCUUCAAGCAGCCCACCUUCUGCAGCCACUGCACCGACUUCAUCUGGGGCUUCGGGAAGCAGGGAUUCCAAUGUCAAGUCUGCUGCUUUGUUGUGCACAAGCGCUGCCAUGAAUUUGUCACAUUCUCCUGCCCUGGCGCCGACAAAGGCCCAGCCUCUGAUGACCCCCGGAGCAAACACAAGUUUAAGAUCCACACCUACUCCAGCCCUACCUUUUGUGACCACUGUGGGUCCCUGCUGUAUGGACUUAUUCACCAGGGGAUGAAAUGUGACACCUGCAUGAUGAACGUCCAUAAGCGCUGUGUGAUGAAUGUCCCCAGCCUCUGUGGCACUGACCACACGGAGCGCCGUGGCCGUAUCUACAUCCAGGCCCACAUCGACAGGGAGGUCCUCAUCGUUGUUGUAAGAGAUGCUAAAAACCUUGUACCUAUGGACCCCAAUGGCUUGUCAGAUCCCUAUGUGAAGCUGAAACUGAUCCCUGAUCCCAAAAGUGAGAGCAAGCAGAAGACCAAAACCAUCAAGUGCUCCCUCAAUCCAGAGUGGAACGAGACCUUCAGAUUUCAGCUGAAAGAAUCAGACAAAGACAGAAGACUGUCGGUUGAGAUCUGGGACUGGGACCUGACCAGCAGGAAUGAUUUCAUGGGGUCUCUGUCUUUUGGGAUUUCAGAACUGCAGAAAGCUGGCGUGGAUGGCUGGUUCAAGUUACUGAGCCAGGAAGAGGGCGAGUACUUCAACGUGCCUGUGCCACCAGAAGGAAGUGAGGGCAACGAAGAGCUGCGGCAGAAAUUUGAGAGAGCCAAGAUCGGCCAGGGUACCAAGGUUCCAGAAGAAAAGACGACCAAUACCAUCUCCAAAUUUGAUAACAAUGGCAACAGGGACCGGAUGAAACUGACCGAUUUUAACUUCCUGAUGGUGCUGGGAAAGGGGAGCUUUGGCAAGGUCAUGCUCUCAGAACGGAAGGGCACAGAUGAGCUCUAUGCUGUGAAGAUCUUGAAGAAAGAUGUGGUGAUCCAGGACGAUGAUGUGGAGUGCACAAUGGUGGAGAAGCGGGUGCUGGCCCUGCCUGGGAAGCCGCCAUUCCUGACACAGCUGCACUCCUGUUUCCAGACCAUGGACCGCCUGUACUUUGUGAUGGAGUAUGUGAACGGGGGUGACCUCAUGUACCACAUCCAACAAGUUGGCCGAUUCAAGGAGCCUCACGCUGUAUUUUACGCUGCAGAAAUUGCCAUCGGUCUGUUCUUCUUACAGAGCAAGGGUAUCAUUUACCGUGACCUAAAACUCGACAACGUGAUGCUGGAUUCCGAGGGGCACAUCAAAAUCGCUGACUUUGGCAUGUGUAAGGAGAACAUCUGGGAUGGGGUAACAACCAAGACAUUUUGUGGCACCCCAGACUACAUUGCCCCAGAGAUCAUUGCUUAUCAGCCCUAUGGGAAGUCUGUGGAUUGGUGGGCCUUUGGAGUCCUGCUGUAUGAAAUGUUGGCUGGGCAGGCACCUUUUGAAGGGGAAGAUGAGGAUGAACUCUUCCAGUCCAUCAUGGAGCACAAUGUGGCUUAUCCCAAGUCCAUGUCAAAGGAAGCUGUGGCCAUCUGCAAAGGGCUAAUGACCAAACACCCAGGCAAACGUCUGGGUUGCGGACCCGAAGGAGAACGAGACAUUAAAGAGCACGCAUUUUUCCGGUAUAUUGACUGGGAGAAACUUGAACGCAAAGAGAUUCAGCCACCGUAUAAACCGAAAGCUAGAGACAAGCGAGACACCUCCAACUUCGACAAAGAGUUCACCAGGCAGCCUGUGGAACUGACUCCCACUGACAAACUAUUCAUCAUGAACUUGGACCAAAAUGAGUUUGCUGGCUUCUCGUAUACUAACCCAGAGUUUGUCAUUAACGUGUAGGUGAAUGCAGAUUCCAUUACCAAGCCUGGGGUGUGAGACUUCAGGCCAAGUGUCUGUUAUCAAUUCUAGUCUUCCAGGAUUCAUGGUGCCUCUGCUGGCAUUUAAUACGUGAAGAGCUUGCCUUAGAGGGCUUUUCUUUGUAUGUAUAGCUUGCUAGUUUGUUUUCUACAUUUGAAAAUGUUUAGUUUAGAAUAAGUGCAUUAUCCAAUGAUAGAGGUACAAUUUUCCAGACUUCCGGAAUCAAAUAAACCAACAAUGUCAAAACUUAACUGUGUCUGAUACCAAAAUGCUUCGGUAUUUGUAAUUUUUAAAGUCAGAAGCUGAUGUUCCUGGUCAAAGUUUUUACAGUUAUUCUCUAAUAUCUUCUUUGAAUGCUAACUAAGCAUGACUGAUAUUUUUAAAAGUUGUGAGUAAGCUUUGCAGUUACCGUGAACUCUUGUCUAUUGGAGGAAAUUUUUUGUUUAAGAAUUGGUAUGAUUAAACUGAAUUAAUAUAUGCAAA